AUGGCUUCCCCUCCCACAUCCCCUCCCACAUCCCCUCCCACAUCCCCUCCCACAUCCCCUCCCACAUCCCCUCCCACAUCCCCUCCCACAUCCCCUCCCACAUCCCCUCCCACAUCCCCUCCCACAUCCCCUCCCACAUCCCCUCCCACAUCCCCUCCCACAUCCCCUCCCACAUCCCCUCCCACAUCCCCUUCCACAUCCCCUCCCACAUCCCCUCCCACAUCCCCUCCCUCAUCCCCUCCCGUUGCACACCUCUUCCUCUCUAACUCAGGCCCCAGCCAGAGGCCGCAACCAGCGGUCAUCUCUCGAGUGCAAGCCAUCUACCACCACCUCCUCUCCCCGCCCCCCUCCUCCUUCCGCCCAUCGCACCCGCACCCCUCCUAUGGCCCUUCGAACCGAGGGGUGGUGGUGGUGGGGAUGCAUAUAAGAGCAGGGGACACAAUGGUUUGGGAGGGAGAAUGGGGAUUCGGCGAUCCCAAGGCGUUGAAUGCCACACAGAUGGAUGCGCUGCUGUCGUGGGCUGACCAGUACAUAUCGUGUGCCAAGGCAUUAGAGGAGUGGUGGGUGCCCUCGCCCCCUUAUGAGGUGCGCUGGCUCGUCGUCACCAACUCGCUGCCGCUCAAGACCGCCCUCUGGCUCAAAUACCCCCAUAGGGUAUGCACUCCCUCUGUCCUCUCUACCUCUUUCACACUCGCAUUCCACACUCACUCCACUCUCUCACUCUAA